UCUUCACCUCGGUUCUGGUCUAGCAUUCUCUCUACCAUAUCCUCAAAUCUUCUAUAUUCUUCUUCUGUUAUUAUUUGACAUCUUUAUACCUCUUCGUUCUCUUCUUGAUAUGUACCUUUGAUCUUCCAUAGAGAGGGUGCUCGUGGGCUAUUAUACCAUGGCUUGCUCUACUGGGUCUGUGACCAUCGAGUCGUAUCUCGAUACCGCUGUCUCGUCAGCCACUCCGUCCGAGGAGACCGCUCUGCUUCGAGAUCGCAAGCGAAGACAUUCUUUCCAUACGGCGAGAAAGUUGUCCUGCGAUUAUGAUGCGGACGCUAUUUUUCUAAGGGUCGAACUUUUCCUUGCGGAAUUGGAGAGACGCCUUCACUGGAUUGAACAAUAUCGCAAGUCGCACAUGGUCCAGAUCGACACUAGCCUACGCAGGGCCUAUGCUACGCUGGAAGCUGUGAGAGAUUCUUGCUCACACGCCUCGGGGGAGUUGAUGGGCAGCGGCAAGAAGAGGGCUAAGAUCUUGGUGGAAACCCUGGAAAGUCGUUACAACGAUGCGUUGGCGACAAAGGAAACAUUGGAGCAAAAGGCCCAAGCCGGCGUGCGUUUGAUGGAAUCUUUUUUGACGGAGUUGGAAUCUCGCGCUGACGCCGUUCGGGAUCGCGGUGUUUACGGAGCUUUGGACGAUGGCUGGAAGGCAGUCGACUCGACGCUGGUUCAAGCAAGGGAGGUGAUGGACGAGGGUAUCGAACGGGCUCGCCAAGUCAAGGACGCCCUCCGCGAGAAUAUCGACCAUGCUAUUAUGCUCGCCAAAGAGAAGCGCUUGAUCAGCUACUCGGAUCUACCGGCACCAUGGCGGAUAAACCCGCAUAUCCUCUCUGGAUAUCGAUUCCACUCGUCUAAAGUGGAGUGCCUAACUUCGGUUUUCACCUUCUCCAAUGAGCUUGUCAACAUCUGGUCGCACCUGAUCGGCCUCAUCAUCGUCCUCUCUAUCGCCUUCUACUUCUAUCCACUGAACCCUAAUUUUCACCUAAGCACGAAUUCCGACACGCUCGUCGCUGCGGUUUUCUUUUUCGCCGCCUGCAAAUGCCUGGUCUGCAGCACCUUAUGGCACACAAUGAACAGCAUCGCCGAUCAACCACUGAUGGAGCGCUUCGCUUGUGUGGAUUACACUGGCAUCUCCCUCCUUGUCGCCGCGUCCAUUGUAACCACCGAGUACACAGCGUUCUACUGCGAACCCACAUCCCGCUGGGUCUACAUUCUCCUUACUAUGUCCUUAGGAAUCGGCGGCGUCAUCCUCCCCUGGCACCCAACCUUCAAUCGCGCUGAUUGGGCCUGGGUUCGCGUCGCCUUCUACGUCACUUUGGCCCUUACCGGAUUUGCCCCCCUUGCCCAACUCACCUACGCGCGUGGCUUCUCGUGGUGUCUGUAUUUCUACGCUCCCGUCAUGAAGAGUAUUCUCGUCUACUUCGUGGGUGCCUGCGUCUAUGCCUCUCAAAUCCCGGAACGCUGGAAGCCAGGUCUAUUCGAUUACAUCGGCGGCAGCCACAACAUCUGGCACCUUGCUGUUCUUGGCGGCAUCCUAUUCCACUACCUUGCCAUGCAGGACCUCUUCGCCAACGCUUUCCAGCGCGCAAAGGGUGAAUGCCCUAACCUCACCUCUUGA